GAUGUCUCGUCGCAUUCAUGGAGAGUCUGGCGAUGCAGCUGCACGGGAGCCACUACUCUUCGGCGACUUGUAUCCAUCGUGCCUCGACUCCGACGAAGGAGAAAUUAUUUUCGAAAGUAGCGCAAAAGAUGCUUCUAAUGUGGAGAGUGCACACAGAAAACUUUCAUAUGAGGAAGCCAUCGAGGAAGCAGGUUUUGGUUUGUUUCAUGGCCUCCUGUUGGUGGUGUGUGGCUGGGCCAACGCCAGUGAUGCGGUUGAGAUAUUAUGUGUCUCCUUCCUGUUGCCAACAGCUCGUUGUGACCUGUCGCUCAGCUCCGCAGACAUGGGUCUGUUGACCUCCAGUAUCUUUUUAGGAAUGAUGGUUGGUGGGUAUGUGUGGGGUUACCUUGCUGACCAGAGGGGGCGCCAGAGUGUCUUGGUGAUCUCUUUGACUGUGAAUGGGGUUUUUGGGGCACUGGCAAGUCUGGCCCCAUGGUUCUGGCUAUUCCUCAUUCUGCGGUUCAUCAGUGGUGUGGGGGUGGGAGGUUCCAUCCCUGUCAUAUUCUCCUACUUCUCUGAGUUCCAGCCGCGCUUGAGGAGAGGGGCCAUGAUCAGUGGACUGGCCACCUUCUGGAUGGCAGGGAACAUCCUGGCAGCAGGUCUGGCCUGGCUGGUUAUUCCAUGGAGCUGGGCACAUUUUCCUUUGGGCUCGCUGGAUUUUCAGAGCUGGAGACUUUUCGUGGUACUGUGCUCUGUUCCCAGCCUGUCGUCUGCUCUCAUCUUCAGGUUGGCCAUGCCAGAGAGCCCCAAGUUCCUCAUGGAGGCAGGCCAGGAAGCUGAGGCCCUACGAGUCUUUAGGUUCAUGUUUGUUCUGAACAAUCGACAUUGUCCCAAACCCUUCCCAAUACCUGGGCUCCAAGUCCCUCCUCCACAGAGGAAGAACAGUCUGGACACUCAGGGACCUGGUUGUCUUUCUAACCUGCUCAAAAAGGGCCUGAGUCCAGUUCAGCAGCUGUUUAAGGCCCCACUCAGGGAGAGGAGUACAGUCCUGCUCAUCAUCUUUUACUGCAUUUCAUUUGGGUAUUAUGGUCUGUGGAUGUGGUUUCCAGAGUUGUUCAAAAGAAUCGAGGAUGGAGGUUCUCCUUGUGCCAAUGUCUCCCGCUCCCUGACACAGGACAACCACAGCUGCUACCCAGUCCAAACGGCAGUGUACAAGGAGGGAUUUAUCACUGCAGCAUCAAACCUACCAGGGAACAUUUUCACCAUUCUUAUGAUGGACACCAUUGGAGGAAAGACCUUACUUUCCUGCAGUCUCCUGCUCUCCAGUCUGAGUGUGUUUGCCAUUUAUGAAGUGAAGACCAAAACCCAGAGUCUGAUCAUGUCCUUCCUGUUCAGUGGAGUGUCUGUGGUAGCCUGGAAUGCCCUGGAUGUGGUGGGCACUGAGCUGUACCCCACGCACAUAAGGUCUUCUGCUCUUGGCUUCUUCACCGGAGUAGGCAGAGUUGCAGCCAUCAUGGGUAAUGUAGUCUUUGGCCAGCUGGUGGACACCAACUGUGCAGUUCCUGUGUUGGUGGUGUCGGCCCUGCUGCUGGUUGGAGGGAUCGCCGCUCUCCGCCUUCCCAGGACCAGGCAAGCAGAGCUCACAUAGGGUGGUGGGGACAUAAACUGACCAGGACCAGGCAAGCAGAGCUCACAUAGGGUGGUGGGGACAUGAACUGACCAGGAGAUGACACCACAAGGCUGUAUGCAAAACUACAUUUCUGGAAUUUCUAAGGAAAAGUAGUGUGUAUGUACGAGGGAAUUCUUGAGAUGUGAUACUAAAGGCUUCAUAAAGGUUUACAGGAGUCAUACUCUGGUCAUCUGGUGGGAUUUUCAUGUGGGGGUUUUUUCUCCGGCCUCAGUUGUAAUUGACCUGAUUUAAUCAAUCAACAGGGUAAGGAUUAGAAUCAGGUGGUUUCUAAAGAACAUGUUAAGGAUGUACUGUGGUUCUCCAGGAACAGGGCUGCUCAGCCCUGGUCUAAAGAUACCAAAUUAAGUCAUGAUAUCAUGAUACACAGUAUGUAGCCAAAUCACACCACUGGAACUCUGUGAAAAGAGACAUUUAGAAAAUGUAAAUUCCAGACCUUAAAUAAUUUCUUGCUGAAAUAUUUAUACAUCAGACAUAUUAAAUUAUGACCACCUCAUGCACAGCUGUAUAUACUAUGUGUACUUUCUGACCAAAGAGGAUACAGAACUUGCGUUAGAUUUUUCUUUACAUGUUAUGUCAAGACUACACUAUUAAUUCACAAUAACUUUUCAAUCAAUUCUUAACAUGCCAACAACUUGUGAGUUGAAAAGUUUGUAAAAUGCUCGUGAAUGUCUUGUCUGUCCCAGUGUGAAGAAGGCAGUCAGUCCAGCAGGCAUCAGGCAGAUGUCUUCUGACUCAAUCCCUCCACACAGACAACACACUGUGUUCACAUCAGGAUCUUUCAAUGCCAUAAUUGCAUCAAGUGCUGUGACUUAAGUCACUUUGUCCAUAUGCAACUGUACUUAUGUACAGUGUACACAAGAGAGUUCAUUUAGUGUGGUCCAACAUUUUGUAUAACAUAAGAUUGUUUUCUAAAAUGUUGUGUUUUUGUAUACACUGGACAAUAGUUAAGGUUCUUACAAUAAACGCAGUUAGCCACUUUA